AAGUGGAGAUAUGUUUUUGGGUGUUCCUUUCAAUAUUGCUAGUUAUAGCCUAUUAACCACGAUGCUCGCUCAGGUUUGUGGUUAUAAACCAGGAGAAUUUAUUCACAUUAUUGGCGAUGCUCAUAUUUAUUUAAAUCAUUUGGAACAAGUUAAACUCCAAUUAGAAAGAAAACCCAAAAAAUUACCAAUUCUAAAACUUAAUUCGGAAAAAAAAUCACUUUUUGAUUUUCGCUUUGAAGAUAUUGGUUUAGAAAACUAUGAGCCUUAUCCACCUAUUAAGGCCAAAGUAGCAGUAUAA